CUUUCACAAGUCCUCCUUUACCAUGGCCUCUUUCCUACUGCUCCCUCCCAACCACGCAUGGCUGUUUCUACAGACCUACUCGCAUUCUAUCGUGCUUUGUUCGAGCGUUCAUGCAAUGCUAUCCAUGCGCUUGCGCCUGCCCUAAAGACCCAUUAUGCCCGCAGAGGCUUUCUCAUGACCAACACAGAUGUGAGUUUUGACGUUUCAGGUUUUCAGACAAUAACUCAUUAA